AUGGCCGCCACCACGCAAACGAUACCCGCUGGGAUGAAGAAGAUCUACCUGGGCAGCUAUGAGGGCCAGACAUAUCGACUUGUGUCGACGAACCCGCCGCGAGACUGCACCCCGGAUGAGAUUCCCAUCAUUGACCUGAGUGGUAUACACGGCGACCUCGACGCGCGCAAGGCGGUUGCCCGUGAAAUCUUGCACGCUGCGAAGACGAGCGGGUUCUUCUAUAUUGAGAAUCAUGGGGUGCCAGAGGAUGUGACGCGUGCCGCUCACAAAAAGGGGCUUGAGUUCUUCAAGCUCCCAGAGGAGGAGAAGCGCAAAUUGACUUCGAACACGUCUGCAUACGGGUACUGUGGGUUUCGAGAGAUACAAGCGAACGUCACGGAGUCCAAAGACAGGAAGGAAGCCUUCAUGUUUCAUUACGAGCCAGAGUUUGACCCGUUGUACGAGAACCGCUUGGACGAGGUUCCGGACCACGUCCGGGAGCACUUACCAAAAGAAGACUUCACCUGGACCGACUCCGGGGACGGCGCCGUCCUGCCGGGCUUCAAGUCUGCCUUGCUGUCACACUGGCGUGCUUGUCUGGAUCUGUCCCGUCGUCUGAUCCGCAUCAUUGCACUAGCGCUGGAUCUGCCCGAGGACCACUUUGACGGCGCAACAACGUAUCCGGGCGGCGACUUCGCCGUGAACUUCUACCCGGGCCACGGCGACGAUCCGGUUGAGGAUCCGGACGAGGUCGGCGUCGGGGCCCACACGGACCUCCAGAUCAUGACCCUGCUGUGGCAAGACGAGCACAAGGGGCUUCAGGUGCUCAACAGCUCCGGGGAGUGGAUGUGGGCGCCGCCGGUACCGGGCACCUUCGUCGUGAACAUUGGCGACUUUCUCAUGCGGCUGACAAAUGACCGCCUCAAGUCGACGGUGCAUCGGGUCUUGCAGCACGGCCGGGAGGACAGGAUCUCGAUGCCUCUCUUUUUCGCCUCGCGGGACGUGAGGUCAUUGAUCCCGCAAAUGAUGGGGCUGAUCCAGUGA